AUGCUGAAAUGUAACUACUUGGGCCUCCAGCUGCUCAAUUAUGUUUCCCCCCUCAUCAUCAGCACUACAAAAAAAGAAGAUAUCAAAUCAAGUAUCCUAAAACUACUAAACAGGCAUAAUGUUGUCUUUGGUGAUUACAAAUGGAUUGAAUUUGAUGACCCUUUCCUAACAAACAAUGUGCAAUCAAUUGCAAUUGUGGAUACAGAACUAAAGCUCAAGGAAAGACAGCCUAUUAGUCUCCAUAAAUGCAGCCUUUCGAUCCAUAUUUUUCAUCUCAAUGAAGAAGGCCCCAGUGCUGAAAAUCUAGAAGCAGAGGAUGAGGAUAUUGUUGCAGCUAAUCACUGGGUGUUACCUACAGUUGAAUUCCAUGGUUUGUGGGACAGCCUUAUUUAUGAAUCUCAAAUAAAAUCCAAUCUAUUGGAUUAUGUGACUACAACAUUACUAUUCUCUGACAGAAAUGUUGACAGCAACUUGAUAUCAUGGAACAGAGUUGUUCUACUGCAUGGUCCCCCAGGAACUGGUAAAACCUCUUUAUGUAAAGCACUGGCUCAGAAGCUGACAAUUAGACUUUCACAUAGGUACCGCUGUGGGCAGUUGAUAGAGAUAAAUAGUCACAGCCUGUUCUCUAAAUGGUUUUCUGAGAGUGGCAAACUUGUUACUAAAAUGUUCCAGAAGAUUCAAACAUUAAUCGAUGACAAAGAUGUCCUUGUAUUUGUACUGAUUGAUGAGGUAUGGCUGUUGUGUUGCCAAAUAAUAUAUCCUCGACAGCAACUGUUGACACUCCGUGAGCUAGAGAUGAUUGGUUAUUUAGAAAACGAUGUGUCAAAACUGAGUCUCAUAUUAAAAACAAUUUCAAGGAAAAGUGAAGGACUUAGUGGCCGUGUCUUAAGAAAACUUCCUUUUCUAGCUCAUGCACUUUAUAUUCAAUCACCUAAUGUUUCAAUGACAGCCUUCCUUCAAGCUCUGUCACUUGUGGUAGACAAGCAAUUUGAAGAAAGAACAAAACUUUCAGAUUGUGUUUGACACUUUUAUUCUUCUUCUAUAGUGCUUUAAUGUACUUAUUAGUUACCUUGUUUACUUUUUUUGCAUGAACACUGGGACUUCAUAAUAAGAAUGAUGAGUUUCUAGCCAGAGAACAGUUUAAAGGAAGUCCGUUUUUCAAGUAAAUUUAUUGCUAAUGUACUUUAAACAUAAAAUACUGUAUAUAUUCAGGAGCUUUACUUGGUUGGAUUAUUGUAAUGCAGUUGUUCUUUUAAAUACAGAAUUCUAAGUAAUA